AUGAGCAUCAGAGUCCACGUCUCUGCCUGCCUCGAAGACGAGCUCGGGCGCAUCGUUCGCUGGGAGCUCUUUACGGAGUGCACCGAGUGCUUCCUCAAACACUACCGCGAGAGACUGCCGCCGUUUUCUCCCCGUCCGGCGGAGCUCUCUAGCGUCCAGUACGACCAGUUCACACGCGAGGCUGCCAACGAAGCUUCGAGUCAAGUUGCCGUUGAUCGGGAGAUGACGAACCGUCACGGGCAGCAGAACCAAGUGUCCGGGUUCGAUCGGUAUUUCCAUCAGUUCUUCGAAGCGAAAAAGGCUGCGAUUCUGGGAGCUCUGCAGCGGGCUUGGGAUAUUGAGUGGGCUCUAUCGGACAAGCAAGUCAGUGAGAAGAAGUUGGGCUGGGAGAAGCUUUGCGAACCCGUCCAGACUUUCCUGGCUGCCCAAGCGGAGGAAGACAAGAAAGCCAAGGUCUUGUUCUUUGUAGACGUGGACGGCGAUCCGCACCUGGAAAUGCACCCAACACCUCGAUGUGUCUAUCCGAACGUGGAAGAAUUGGUGCCAGAGGAAGGUAUCAUGGUGCUGGACAAGGGCAAGGCCGGAGUGAGCGACAAGAAGGGUGCCGCGGCCACUUCAGACCAGCUGAUGCCUCAUCCGACCUACGUACCAGAGAUUUCCAGCGGACACCACCACACGAUGGCGCUGACUGAAGACGAAGUUGCCGCGAUGGGCUUCCAGCUCCAGGCGAGUGGCAAGAUCAGCGGCAAUGGCGGACCAGCGAGCUCUAAGUCUGACCACACUGGCUUGACAGCUAAGCUUGAGGGCACCAAGAUGGCCUCGAGCUUCAAGAAUCUGCGCAGCGACUUCCUCGAUCAGACUAUACUGGAGUAG